AUGGCUGCAUCGAAUUAUUCCGUACCCUUGAGAGUCUUGGUCACUGGAAGCCCACUUGAAGGUUUAAGAAUCGGAAAAAUAGAUCAAAUCUUCAACUUGGCCUGUCCUGCGAGUCCAAUUCACUACCAGAAUGACCCUAUUUCUACCCUCAGAACCUGCUUCCAAGGCACGGAAAACAUCUUGGAGCUUGCGGUGAAAAGAAACACUCGCAUUCUCCACACAAGCACAUCCGAGGUAUACGGUGAUCCACAAGUGCAUCCUCAACCAGAGGACUACUGGGGUCAUGUUAACCCAUUUGGAGCCCGCUCCUGCUACGAUGAAGGCAAGCGAGUCGCUGAAGCACUCUGCUACGCAUAUCAGAUGAGAUAUCCCCGUUUGCAGAUCCGCAUUGCCCGUAUCUUCAAUACAUACGGACCUCGAAUGGCCCAUAGUGAUGGCCGAGUUGUAUCCAGUUUUAUCGGCGAGGCUCUUGCCGGUAAUGAGAUCAAGAUCACUGGCGAUGGCACGGCGACUCGUUCAUUUCAGUACGUCAGUGACUGUGUCGAGGGAUUAUAUCGGCUCAUGAACAGCAAUUGCACUCUUCCUGUGAAUAUUGGUAACCCGAGGGAGUUUACAAUCCGCGAAUUAGCAGAGAUUGUCGUCGAGAUGGUCGCUGAGAUGGGGAAGCCUAGAGUGCCCAUCAUUUACUGCCCACGACCUUCUGAUGAUCCGAAUAGGAGACAACCCGACAUCACGCGGGCGAGAGCGAUUUUAGAAUGGGAACCCGAGGUGGCCCUAGAAGAGGGAUUGAAGAGAACUAUUAAGUGGCAUAUUGAGCAAGGUACAUAA